CAAGGCUUGAACGCACAGAUUUGACUGAACUAGAAGCUUCAUUCCUCUGUAAGUGAUUCGGUUCAUCCUGACUUCUCAGCAAGUGUCCAGCGGAUCCGUAGCAUGACCAACUUCAGUUUCUCUGGCUCCUCCAACCAUAGCUCAGCUUAUGGGAGCCCCCGUAGGCCAGUCACAGUCUUUAGCGUGCUGACCUUCACCCUGCUGGCCAUGUUGGUGGUGGCCACGUUCGUGUGGAACAUGUUGGUUCUGGUCACCAUCCUUCGGGUCCGCACAUUCCACCGCGUCCCACACAACCUGGUGGCCUCAAUGGCCAUUUCAGACGUGAUGGUGGCCGCUUUGGUCAUGCCGUUGAGCCUGGUCCAUGAACUGAACGGCCGGCGAUGGAAGCUGGGCAGGGUCCUGUGCCACGUUUGGAUCUCCUUCGACGUUUUAUGCUGCACGGCCAGCAUCUGGAACGUGACAGCCAUCGCACUGGACCGCUAUUGGUCCAUCACCCGGCACCUGGAGUAUACCCUGAAGGCCCGGAAAAAGAUCUCCAACGUAAUGAUCGGAUUAACGUGGCUGCUCUCUUCGGUCAUCUCCUUGUCUCCUCUGUUUGGCUGGGGUGAGACGUAUUCAGAGGAGGGCAUGGAGUGCCAGGUGAGCCAGGAGCCGUCCUACACCAUCUUCUCCACCUUCGGGGCCUUCUACCUGCCACUCUGCGUGGUGCUCUUCGUCUACUGGAAGAUUUAUAAAGCAGCCAAGUUUCGUAUUGGGUCCAAGAAGACCAACACCAUCACACCAGUAGCUGAAGCUGUUGAGGUGAAGGAGGCGUCCCGGCAGCAGCCUCAGAUGGCGUUUACGGUGCGGCACGCAACAGUAACGUUCCAGACGGAUGGAGAGACUUGGCGGGAGCAAAAGGAACGGCGGGCAGCACUGAUGGUGGGAAUCCUCAUCGGCGUCUUCGUCCUCUGCUGGAUCCCUUUCUUCCUGACCGAGCUGGUCACUCCACUCUUCUCCUGCCACGUCCCGCCCGUAUGGAAGAGUGUUUUCCUCUGGCUCGGCUACUCCAACUCCUUCUUUAACCCACUCAUCUACACGGCCUUCAACAAGAACUACAACAACGCCUUCAAGAACCUCUUCUCCAGACAACGCUGACAGCAAAGAGAGGCUUUCUGAACUUCUCUGAAUUAGAGAAGUCCUGAUCUAGUCCGAAACACUGGCAUCAGAGCCUAUUUUAAAGGACCAGUAUCAUGGAAAACAGAUUAUCCUUCACCUUCGUUUAAAAUAAAAGACAUUGAUGUGGUUUGUUAACAUUGUGAAAGUGUUAAAAACAUAGUGUUCACAUAUAUGAAAUCUACACCGUUCUGAAUUCAUUGUUUUGUGAUGUCAUAAAAGCACCACAUGGACACCCAUUCAGCCUACAGCAGUUUAGCUUGCCUAUGUCCACAUUAUACAAUUAAGCAAUAGAACACAAGGGAGUGUGUUAUGGUGGAAUAACGUCACUGUGAUCUUUUGGCCGUAGAUCAUCCCAGCUGUGAUGUUACUGGUGAUAACUCACUCCUCGAGUGCUCUACUGCUUUAAUACAGCAGUUAAAUAA